AUGGCUUUAAAGAAUUCAUAUGAGGAUAAGAAAAUUUCAUUGAUACUUUCAAGUCUUCAGAUUUUAUUUCACAUACAACUGAAGCCAGAUAAUAAAUUAGCAGGCACUUUUGUUGAGAGGGAAGCAGGGUUGUUGAACGAUAUUAAUUUAUUGAUUGUUGUAAAAUGUUUUCAGAUAAAAUUAUUAAAAUUUCAGUUCAACUUUCCCGAGCGGCACAAAAGGCAAUUUCUGAAGAAAAAGCCAAAGGGAGUACCAAUGUAA